UGGUUAUUCUGCUCACGUAAUUUAACCGUCAACAGUGAAAGCACAGUCAAAUCGACAGUGCUCCGGUAAGUAGUGAUAAUGCUGUCCUGCGUCGCCCUUUGUGUCGUUGCCUUGGCGACUACCGCCUCGGCCAACUUCACAGCGAACUUGUUCAUCGACCAGGUCCUCAAUGAGAUGCGCUUCCAGGUGUCUCAGAAUGCCCUGGAUCCUUUUUAUGUUCUACCAUUCGACAUCAAGGUAAAAAGCAACGGAAUUGGAAAUCGUGAUCUGAAGGCCAUUUUCAGUCAAGGCACAUUGACGGGUCUCGCGAUGCUUGGCCGUAGGGGUGACUGCUCCUAUGGUACCUUUGGACUAGGCAUGAAAUUGGGAUGCUACAUUUCUCUGCGGCCGAUCGGCGUGUCGUUGAACGGCAUUGUUAAGGGUGACUGGAUAUUUGGAGCCAUGCAUUCGAUCACCACAUCAACAUCAUUGGGAGCAGAUUCAUAUGCCCUGAUCGAGGUUCAAGGAGCCCGUGGCAGACAAGCCGUUCUGGAUCGUGUCACCGUGAAGCCUCUGACCAUGAAUACAUUCGUCACGCAGGGCAGACUUGACUUGAACAAAUCAAGACUAGACGAUUUCGUGAAACACAUCCAUGCCGAAAUCACCAGGCAGCUGGAUAUUACACUCAGAGGUACCUACUCAUCAGUUUUGGCGACUGUGGUCUCACGUCAUUUUAUGCCUUAGAUCUAAAACUUUAAUAUUCAAUGUAUUAGAGAACGUUGCCAAUAAAAAUAAGCAAAGGAAUUGCAGUGCCUUCUAUGUUAA